GCAACCUGUGUAAACCAUCAAUAUCGCCUCUAUGUGACAAUGUUCACACACACACACACACCCCCACAACAAGUGAAUUAUAAUCAACAGAACAUCAUCGACUGGUUUACUCAUUAAGUCAGUGUGUGUGCUCGGUCACGUGGACUCCAAGAAUCAAUGAAAUGCACCGAGUGAUGAGGCCCUGAUUUACAGCGUGCUGGAGAUAAUACAUCUUCCAGGAAAUUCAGUUUGGGAUAUUUGACGCUUACAUUGAAGACGUUGUCUAAGUUACAGAAACUAUUUAGCUAAAACAGUCUGUUGCAGCAAGGGGAACGAAACUUUGAAGUUAAGGGGCCUAUGAUUUUUUUCCCAUCCGAAUAAUGAGCCGAUUUUGUUUAACUCUCGCUCUAUGACUGAGAUAAAGGUGUGAAGGAGAACAGAGCUUGUUUCUUCUUCUGCUAAACUUCGCCUAAAAGUGCAAUGAAUAUCUCUUCGAUGUCGUUUGGCAAGUCAGAGUACAAUGAGUACAGCAGCUUAGAUGGAUCUCUCGAUAAAUGUGAUCUCCCAAUGAACUUCUCUGAAUCGGAGACGAAAAUAUUCGAGUAUGCGGAAACCGACAGAGUGAUAAAUGGAGUGCUAUUACCAGUGAUAUUAGGACUUGGUAUCUUGAGUAACUUUGCGUUUCUCUAUGUGGUAUACUGUGUAAAGCGAAUGCGGACAUCAACGAACUAUUGCCUGACCAACUUAGCCAUAGCUGAUGUGCUUUUCCUUCUGGGAUCUGCUGGGAGUAAGAUAUGGAAGUAUUCCCAAAGCCCAAUUUCCAUUGAUGACAGUUCCCUGGGUAGGGCAGGGUGUAUCAUUAUUUAUCUCAUCAGUGAUACAGCAUUCUUGUUCUCCCUGGCUGACAUCACUUUGGUAUCAUUCCAGAAGUUCUAUGCGGUAUGUUCAGCUCAUCGAGCCCUCGGUGACUCCCGUCGACGUGUGUUUGUCCGCCUUCUGGCUGCAUCAUGGAUCUUGGCUUUCUGUAUUGCCCUAACAUUCAUCCCUUGUACCAUGGAUUAUGUGGUCAUUUGCUCAAGCUGGCCUUCCAAGAUGCCAUACCAGAAAUGGCCCAAUGAAUUUGCCUACUGUGGACCAGUUAAGGAAUGGACUAUCAUCUAUGGAGCUGGUGCCCAGGCAAUACCGUUCAUCCUUAUUUUCCCAAUCAAUGUCUAUCUCUACUGCCGCAUCAUAUCUGGUAUCACCCAAGUUAUCGAAGACACAAGUGUCACAGGUAGGAGGAGAAUAAAUAUACGUCAGCGCAACCAAAUAGCUGUCAUGCUAAUCGUUAAUGGGGUUGUGUUCUUCGUAUGUUUAGCCCCUUUUGAAAUUAUGAGUUUAUUUUAUAUGAUUGGAUUCAUACGAGAGCGUUUUAUCCUGCAUGAGGAUACCCGUAAUAGCCUUAUAUCUGCAGCCAGGAUUAUGUCUUACAUCAAUGCUGCUAUUAAUCCUUUCGUAUAUACCUGCAUGAGUACUCAAUACCGUGAUGCAUUCCGCCAGACAUUUGGAUUGCAACGAUGUGACCAGCCAGGUUCGGCCACAGAACAGGAGUCCAUUUUUAAACAUUUACGCCGGCUUUCUCACAAUAUUACUGCUUCAACGUCAGCAGGUGGAGGCUUACGUCUAUACCAUGGUGUGCAUGCACGUUCAAGGACAGACAGUUAGGCAAAGGGACUAGUCGCCAUUUACAUGACCAAAUAACCGACACAAAAGGUAUGGAAUGAAGGUUUAUAAAACAAUAAACUUUAAAAACAGAAGAAAACUUUCUCCAGAAGACGAUCAGAGCACACUGACCGAAA